AUGGGUGGUCUUAUGAGCUCCAAGCGGGCCUACAACUGGUUCGUCUCGUUUGUCGCUGCAUCUUGCAUGGUGUUGUACGGUUACGAUGCGUCUGUCUUCAAUUCUGUUCAAGGAAAUGCCAAUUGGGUAGCCUGGUUCAACAAUCCAGGUGCGAACCAGCUUGGUUCUAUCAAUACUGCCUACACAGUUGGCGCCAUCUUCGGUGGUUUCUUCCUUGGAGGACCCACGGCGGAUUACUUUGGCCGCAAGGUUGGCAUGGGCUUCGGAUGUGUCUUUGUCAUCGUUGCUACUUUCCUGCAGACCUUUGCUCCUCGUGGUAACCUUGCGUGCUUCAUUGGUGGACGUGUCCUCAUCGGUAUUGGCCAGGGUGUUGCUUUGACCGCCGGCCCUAUCUAUAUCGGAGAGUUGGCACCAGCAGAGAUCAGAGGAAAGAUCAUGACCUUCUGGCAGAUGUUCUACUCUGUUGGUUCGUUCAUCUGCUUCUGGAUCGCCUAUGCCUGCACCAGAGCUCCUCAACUCGGAGAGUGGGACUGGAAAUUGAUUGUCAUUUUCCAACUCCUCUUCCCCAUCCUGAUUCUUAUCCUUCUUCCUGUCAUCCCUGGAAGUCCUCGUUGGUACAUCAAACGCCACAACGAAAUCGAGAAAGCACGAGCUGCCCUCCGCCGCGUCCGAGACACAGAGGAAGAGGUUGAAGAUGAGAUCUUGAUGAUCCGUGAGGCCCUCGAGUACGAGAAAGAGGCCAUCUCCAGCGGCUACAGCGCUUUGUGGAAGGACAAGUCUCUCCGCAAGCGCAUGUACCUUGCUUUGGUUAUCAACGCCGGUCAGCAACUCACCGGACAAGGCUCUUUGAACUCCUACUCCACCAAGAUCUACGAGAAGGUCUUCACACACGAAAGCCAGAUUUCUCUGAUCAACGCCCUCAACGCCACCUUCGGUAUUCUCUUCACCCUGAACACUAUCUGGUUCAUUGAUCGAUUUGGUCGCAAGGCUCUUCUGAUCGGUGGUUCCAUCGGUAUGGGUCUUUGCAUGAUUAUCGUCUCUGCCGUUGAAACGGAAACCCCAAAUAUGGCAAACGGAGCCAAGUCUGAAUCCGUUGGCAUAUCGAUCGUCUUCCUCUUUUUCCUCUUUAUUCUAUUCUACAAGCCUUCUUGGGGCGCAACCGUGUGGAUCUGGACAGCCGAGGUCUUCUCCAUGAAUGUUCGCGCACAGGCCGUGGGCAUGGCCUCGCAGACCCAGAACGUUGCCAACACCAUCUGCCAGCAAUUCUUCCCUAUCUUCCUCGAGAACGAUGGCUUCUACGCAUUCUAUCUCUUCGCCGGAAUUAACUUCCUGCUGGGUCUCUUUGUUUGGUUCUUUGUUCCAGAGACCAAGAAGAUCACCCUCGAAGAGAUUGAUACCUUGUUCGGUGGUGCCAACCACGUUACUUCGGGAGAGGAGGUCCUCGCACAACAGAAAAUUGACAGUGUUGCUCACGGAACUCACGAGAAGUCCGGGGAUGUCAAUGUUGAGCACGUGGACUCUCUUUGA